UGACAAGUGACAAAAAGGCAUUAUUGGUAGAAAUAACUCCAAUAACUCGAAUCACUGCUGCAGCUUUCGACAAGUUAUUCGUGAUCAUGUCCUUCGUAAUUAGUUGCAGAACUUUCUGUGACUCCAGCGUUGGGAUUACUGUUGGAUACGUGUCAUGCUCUCUUUGGUGAACUGGUUCCUAAAGUCCAUCGGCUAUCAAAGUAUGAAGAACCGCAGGAAAAUGAUGGACAGUAACCCAGGUAACUCAGGUAAACAUUUUGUUGGAUUGAAAAAUCAGGGAGCCACGUGUUACCUGAACACAUUACUUCAAACAUGGUUCAUGACCCAGGAAGUUAAAGAAUGCAUUACCAGUUACAAUGGACAAGAUUUAUUAAUUUGUCAGUUGCGUUCCCUGUUUGAACGAUUAUCAGAUGGGAAAGAAUGGUCCUUGAGCACAGAACAGUUGACCUCCCAAUUGGAGUUGAAUGUUUACAAACAGAGAGAUAUAGAGGAAUGUUUUCGCAGUCUGGUGAAUGUGCUGAGUAGCAAAAUGGAUCAGGAGCAUAAUAUUCUGAAGAUUUAUCAAGUCACCAUGGUUAACUCAUUGAGGUGUUUAAAAUGCACAAAAUCCAUGGAUGAAGACACAGUUUUCCUGGAUAUACCUCUAUCUGUUUGCUCGGCUAAUGCUGCAAAAAAGUUUGAUUCCAUGGAAAAGAGUCUUAAACAGUUUUUGAAGGAGGAAAGAAUGGAAGGUGACAACAAAUGUUAUUGUAACAUCUGUGAGAUGAAGACUGAAACAUCAUCAAGAUACUAUUUUAAGCACUUGCCACAAAUCCUUACAUUUCAACUGAAACGCUUUGAAUUUGAUUACAACUACAUGGCAUUUCAGAAAAUUACAGAUUGCAUUACCUUUCCACCUGAUUUGAAAUUUACAAGAUCUCAGGAUGUUCACAAUGAAUGGUGUCUGAAAUUUACAGUGAACAGGGAGGUUAAUGCCCAGAAAGAUUCCCAUGUGGAUGAUGGAAAAGAAGAUGAAACACCUGUUCAAGAUCAAGAAGUGAAUCGGGAAAUUUCCGUGGACAUUGAAGGAAGAAAUUCUGUGACACGUCAAGAUUACCUACAGCAUGUUUCAACAGGACACGAGGAGGUUAAUGCCCAGAAAGAUUCCCAUGUGGAUGAUGGAAAAGAAGAUGAAACACUUGUUCAAGAUCAAGAAGUGAAUCGGGAAAUUUCCGUGGACAUUGAAGGAAGAAAUUCUGUGACCCGUCAAGAUCACCUACAGCAUGUUUCAACAGGACACGAGGAGGUUAAUGCCCAGAAAGAUUCCCAUGUGGAUGAUGGAAAAGAAGAUGAAACACCUGUUCAAGAUCAAGAAGUGAAUCGGGAAAUUUCCGUGGACAUUGAAGGAAGAAAUUCUGUGACCCGUCAAGAUCACCUACAGCAUGUUUCAACAGGACACGAGGAGGUUAAUGCCCAGAAAGAUUCCCAUGUGGAUGAUGGAAAAGAAGAUGAAACACCUGUUCAAGAUCAAGAAGUGAAUCGGGAAAUUUCCGUGGACAUUGAAGGAAGAAAUUCUGUGACCCGUCAAGAUCACCUACAGCAUGUUUCAACAGGACACGAGGAGGUUAAUGCCCAGAAAGAUUCCCAUGUGGAUGAUGGAAAAGAAGAUGAAACACCUGUUCAAGAUCAAGAAGUGAAUCGGGAAAUUUCCGUGGACAUUGAAGGAAGAAAUUCUGUGACCCGUCAAGAUCACCUACAGCAUGUUUCAACAGGACACGAGGAGGUUAAUGCCCAGAAAGAUUCCCAUGUGGAUGAUGGAAAAGAAGAUGAAACACCUGUUCAAGAUCAAGAAGUGAAUCGGGAAAUUUCCGUGGACAUUGAAGGAAGAAAUUCUGUGACCCGUCAAGAUCACCUACAGCAUGUUUCAACAGGACACGAGGAGGUUAAUGCCCAGAAAGAUUCCCAUGUGGAUGAUGGAAAAGAAGAUGAAACACCUGUUCAAGAUCAAGAAGUGAAUCGGGAAAUUUCCAUGGACAUUGAAGGAAGAAAUUCUGUGACCCGUCAAGAUCACCUACAGCAUGUUUCAACAGGACACGAGGAGGUUAAUGCCCAGAAAGAUUCCCAUGUGGAUGAUGGAAAAGAAGAUGAAACACCUGUUCAAGAUCAAGAAGUGAAUCGGGAAAUUUCCGUGGACAUUGAAGGAAGAAAUUCUGUGACCCGUCAAGAUCACCUACAGCAUGUUUCAACAGGACACGAGGAGGUUAAUGCCCAGAAAGAUUCCCAUGUGGAUGAUGGAAAAGAAGAUGAAACACCUGUUCAAGAUCAAGAAGUGAAUCGGGAAAUUUCCGUGGACAUUGAAGGAAGAAAUUCUGUGACCCGUCAAGAUCACCUACAGCAUGUUUCAACAGGACACGAGGAGGUUAAUGCCCAGAAAGAUUCCCAUGUGGAUGAUGGAAAAGAAGAUGAAACACCUGUUCAAGAUCAAGAAGUGAAUCGGGAAAUUUCCGUGGACAUUGAAGGAAGAAAUUCUGUGACCCGUCAAGAUCACCUACAGCAUGUUUCAACAGGACACGAGGAGGUUAAUGCCCAGAAAGAUUCCCAUGUGGAUGAUGGAAAAGAAGAUGAAACACCUGUUCAAGAUCAAGAAGUGAAUCGGGAAAUUUCCGUGGACAUUGAAGGAAGAAAUUCUGUGACACGUCAAGAUCACCCACAGCAUGUUUCAAAAGGACACGAGGAGGUUAAUGCCCAGAAAGAUUCCCAUGUGGAUGAUGGAAAAGAACAUGAAACACCUGUUCAAGAUCAAGAAGUGAAUCGGGAAAUUUCCGUGGACAUUGAAGGAAGAAAUUCUGUGACCCGUCAAGAACACCCACAGCAUGUUUCAACAGGACACGAGGAGGUUAAUGCCCAGAAAGAUUCCCAUGUGGAUGAUGGAAAAGAAGAUGAAACACUUGUUCAAGAUCAAGAAGUGAAUCGGGAAAUUUCCGUGGACAUUGAAGGAAGAAAUUCUGUGACCCGUCAAGAUCACCCACAGCAUGUUUCAACGGGACACGAGGAGGUUAAUGCCCAGAAAGAUUCCCAUGUGGAUGAUGGAAAAGAAGAUGAAACACCUGUUCAAGAUCAAGAAGUGAAUCGGGAAAUUUCUGUGGACAUUGAAGGAAGAAAUUCCGUGACCCGUCAAGAUCACCUACAGCAUGUUUCAACAGGACACGAGGUGAAUGAUGCAGAGAAUUAUUCCCAUGUGGACGUUGCAAAAGAUGAACAAGCAUCUCUUCAAUCACAAGAAGUGAAUCAGGAAGUGGAUCAGCAAGUUUUGACAGCACAAGAGGAGAAAAAGUAUGAAUUGUUUGCAAUAUGGCACCACAGAGGACACUAUGGAAGUGGCCACUAUUAUGCUGAAAUCAAAUCAGGCUCUGAUGACUGGUACAAUUUUAAUGAUGAAGAUGUUAUAAAGGAAAACAAUUUCAAUCCAUGUUCCGAAACUGCUUACGUGCUUAUGUACAGACUGAUCGAUGCAGAGCCGCCAGCUGGAGGGUCAAAAGGAACCAGUGGACGAGUCGGAAACGGGAAACCCAGUAUUCAGCCUCAUGAUGGAGAAGCUGAAGCCCAGCAGGAAGUUAGCGAAGACAUUGGCUCUCCGAUUCAAGGGGAAGAUGCGCGCCCCUCCCGUGGAAGGGGAAGCAAACACCUCUCGUGUAGAAGGGGAUGUGAACACCCCUCAAGCGGAAGGGGAAGACGGCGUUCCUCGGAAGAGGACGUGAAAGCCCCUUGGGUGUUAGGGAAAGCGAAAGUCCCUCGGGUGGAAGGGGAAACUGGCCGGCACUUGGCUGGGCAAAGGUCCUGAGAAGCUGACCCGGGUGCAGACCAUGUUGCCACCUGCUACUCAAAGCAUUGAAGUAGGUGUGCAAAAGUCAUGUGCAGCGUAACCAUGGGUGACUGUCCUGGACAGUUCCCUUGCAAUCACAAGUCCCUGUUGGACGUUGAUAGUGUGAGAUGCCGCAGGCCUGUUUCCCUUGUUGGUGGUGAGACACGCAACUAGGCAGCAGCAGAACCACGGUUGUAGUGAGGACAAGACCUCAAGUGGGCUUGCCUACUGCUGCAGGCCGAGUGAGGUGGUGCAGCGUGGAGUCUGUGCUCAGGUGGGAGCCAGUCUCUCCCAUCAGUGUUGCCCCCCAGUGUUCGACCAGUGGAAUGACAAACUGGAUUGCCGGGAGCUGUACCAUCAAUUUGAAUGUCGCUCAAGGACUUGGACUAUACAUGUGUUUUCUUGCGUAAUGAUGUGUGUGUUUUUUUCUCUCUCUGGUUAUUUUGAAUGAAUGCUAUGCACCUGUGCCCCACAAGCUGUCUCAUUCAACUGUGUCCAUGUGUGGUCUGAAUGAUAAUUAAACUUGAUUUGAUUUGAUUUGAGGUGAACAUCUUGCUCACCAGAAAGGGCUGUUUGUGCCCUGGUGUGUUGGUGAGGGAGGAGAAGGUAAAGGGAGAUAUUACACCUCUUCCAGUAAAAGGAAAACAUGCCAGUGGACUCAGAAGAGUGGGUGGGAAGAGAUGGGAUAGGUAGAUGAGCAAGUCAUAAAGAGCAGGAACUUGCGAUCCCUUUCAAUAACCACAUACGUGAAAGUGUAGAAAGUGAGCUGACAGGAACACAUGCAGACAUUUUGGCCCCUGUGGUGGGGUAGGGGGGAAGUCAUUGCCUUGCUGUUGCUUUUGUGUGGAAGGGGGAAGCUGGGGGGUAGUUUGUGGUUCUAACUUUUAACUGUCAUUCAUUCUUUGGGGCACUUUCUGUGUUCAUGUGUGUUUGCAAAGAAAAGGAAUUGCCCGAUGAAUAUUGUAUACAUUUCUCUGACAUUAAAUGUACCUA